AUGCGGGAAGAUUGCAGGUGUUUUCUAUGGGGCAAAUCAGAACAUACUUCUAAACCCUCUCUGGUAUCAUGGAGAAAUGUCUGUGUUCAAAAGAAAUAUGGAGGGUUGGCAAUCUUCUCGGCAAGACUUUGGAACAUUGCUACUGCCCUAAAAAUGAUGUGGAGUAUCCACAUGAAUAAGGAGCUUUUGUGGAUUAAAUGGUCCCAUGAAAAUUAUCUGAAAAGUAGUAGCAUUUGGAUGGUUAAAGCUAGAAAGGGAGACUCUUGGAUGUGGAAACAACUAUUGAGUAUCAGAGAUAAAUGUAUUGAUAUGUGUGGAGGGAUUGAUAACCUCAUUCAGCUUCUCAGUUCAUGCUGCAACAAAUCAAAAAUUAAGCUCUCUGACAUUUAUUCCAGGCUGUCACCUAUUACAUCUCAAGUGGCAUGGCAUGAUACAGUUUGGGAGGAUUUAAGCUAUCCAAAGCACCAGUUCAUACUAUGGCUGGCAGUCCAGGAUAAGCUUCAAACUCAAGACAGGCUCCUUAGACAUGGAAUUAUUCAGGCUUCAGUAUGUAAGCUUUGUGACUGUUCUAUCUCAGAGAGCAGAAAUCACUUGUUUUUCGAGUGCACUUUGUCAAAAAAGGUUUGGAAUUGGUUGAGGGGUAAGGGUAUGAAACAAAAGAUUAAGAGGAUGGCUUUUGCUGCAACAGUCUAUACUAUUUGGAAUGAAAGAAACUGCAGAAUAUUCAAUCUGAAGAGCAAAACUCCUGACAUUUUAAUGAAGAAUAUCAAGAUAGAUGUCCUCACUAUUAUUUUGAAUUCUCAGUCAGCUGAUUGUAGGGAAUGGGGUUUCUCCAUAUAG